AGGGAAGAUCAGGAACAGAGGAGGGACCACGAUGGGGAGAAUGAAGAGGAAGAGGGAAGGAAAGACCAGCUGGAGACCCCUGUAUGCUGCCUAGAUUGUUGGAAAAUUCCUUAUAUUGGGCUGCCACUUCCUCCUACUCGCUUCCACCUUUUGUUCUUGGAAUUUCCUUGUGAAGACACACAGAAGGAAUCUAUGUUUCUUCAAAACCAGCAUGAGUCUCUUGCUGCGUUUUCUCAUACUGUCUGGGACCAUCCAGAGCCACCACCGCCAAGCAGCAUGACCUUGGACAGCGACUUUGAACAGCUUCCCGAUGACGUUGCCGUCUCGGCCAACAUCGCCGAUGUCGAGGAGAAGAGGGGCUUCACCAGCUAUUUUGUUUUUGUCAUUGAGGUGAAGACGAAAGGCGGAUCCAAGUACCUCAUCUACCGCCGCUACCGCCAGUUCUACGCCUUGCAGAGCAAGCUGGAGGAGCGCUUCGGGCCGGAGAACAAGACCAGCCGGUUCACCUGCACUCUGCCCACACUUCCGGCCAAAGUGUACGUAGGCGUGAAACAGGAGAUCGCAGAGGCACGGAUUCCUGCCCUCAACGCCUACAUGAAGAGCCUCCUCAGCCUGCCCAUCUGGGUGCUGAUGGAUGAGGACGUCCGCAUCUUCUUCUACCAGUCACCCUAUGACACGGAGCAGGUGCCCCAGGCCCUACGCCGGCUCCGGCCGCGCACCCGGAAAGUCAAGAAUGAGGCCCCACAAGGCGCCAUCUUUGACCGCAUGGCGGCUCCGCGAGCAGAGGCCCUGUUUGAUUUCACCGGGAACAGCAAACUGGAGCUGAAUUUCAAAGCUGGAGAUGUGAUCAUCCUUCUCAGUCGGAUCAAUAAAGACUGGCUGGAGGGCACCGUCCGGGGAGCCACGGGCAUCUUCCCACAGUCGUUUGUGAAGAUCCUCAAGGACUUCCCGGAGGAAGACGACCCCACCAACUGGCUCCGCUGCUACUACUAUGAGGACACCAUUAGCACCAUCAAGGACAUCGCGGUGGAGGAAGAUCUCAGCAGCACUCCGCUAUUCAAGGACCUGCUUCAGCUCAUGAGGCGGGAGUUCCAGAGGGAAGACAUCGCCCUAAAUUACCGGGAUGCCGAGGGGGAUCUGGUUCGGCUGCUGUCAGAUGAGGAUGUGGCGCUCAUGGUGAAGCAGGCCCAAGGUCUCCCCUCCCAGAAGCGCCUCUUUUCCUGGAAGCUGCAUGUCACCCAGAAGGAUGACUAUAAGGUCUACAACACUGUCCCCUAAGCUGAUGGGGUCUAAUAAAUGAAUGAAUGAAUGAGUAAAUAAAUAAACAAACAAACAAAC